CCAACAGGGCUGGCUGAAGCAUGUGCUAGCGGCUGGCACCAGGAACAGAUAACACGAGAAUAGAGAUCCCAAAUGCGUCUACCUCUUCGGGCACAUAUUGGUGACACUGACAAAGAUGGCAGAGUUUCUAGCGACUGUCAAAAGGGAAUACGAAAAGCGUUCCUGGCGCUCCAGAGGAGACGUCAGGGGAUUGUCUGUCCUUCCCGAAAACAGAUUCGGAAAGGUGGUCGAUAAUGAACAGUCUUGCCUCAAGACGAACAGGGGAGAGACCUCAGGCGCAUCUCUCUGUUUGGCUGCGACAGUCGUCGUUCUGUUACUCAAUGUCGCUCUCACUGCUGUCGCCGCGUCCCGCGCUGCGACGUUCGACGGCGAAACAGUCUACGAAGGUGAUUGCGGACGGGUCCAGAGGUGGUUGACUGGUUUCAAAUUCCUCAUAAACGCCUUGGCCACGGCUGUUUUGGCGUCUAGCAACUACUGCAUGCAGCAUUUGAGUGCGCCUUCCCGGGCAGAGGUAGAUCAAGCACAUGCGCAGCGGAGGUGGUUUGAUAUUGGGACUCCAACUCUCGGAAAUCUACGUUAUAUGGGCUGGACACGAACAGUGCUUUGGAUUUUGUUGUUUCUGACCUCGUUUCCCUACCACUUGCUUUACAAUUCAGCUGUGUUUUCUUCACUGGCAUCAAAUGCAUAUGCAGUCGUUGUGGUUCCCCAAGACAUAUCAAGCGGUACUUCUUCCACAGCCUCUGAAUCUUGUUUUGAGAGCCUUGUAGGGACGAAUGUCUCCAACAUCCAGCAGAUGUAUCAAGCGAACGAUUUUGAGAUACUGAACAAGUCAGCGUGUAUCAACGAAUACGGUGUUCCUUUUCUGAAGAACCGACGGACUCUUUUGCUUGUGACAGAUAAUUCUUCAGUCAGAGCACCAGGUCUCUGGGCAGGAGUAGGCAACCCACCUCUGGGUGUGGAUGGAACUCGCGAUGCUUUCAGCUGGAUGUGCAGUGAAUUAGAUGAGAACGAUCUUUGCGAGAAAUCGUCCGUCUUGAACAAUAGUGAUAACUGGGCAGUCAGUGCCCUGCCUUUCGCUCAACAGGGCUUGGUGGUGGCCGCGAGGAAUGGAUCAUUCAGGUUCUCUGGGUACAACUAUACCACUGCCGCCGAGGAUCCCUCAUUGCCGCAAUGGGUUCAAGAGAAUAUACAGAUCAUAGGUAUUGCGAUGAGUGGAUGGUUUCCAGAUCCUGGCAACGACUCAUUUUCAGUGUUGAAUGGCAAUGAUUCAUAUUUAGGGUUGAAUUAUUUGUCCCUAUCAAAUGGACCAUCUUUUCUUUCACAAAUAACAGUACAGCAGUCAAAUUCGGUCUGUGCAUCUGAACAAAACCCGGGAUAUGAAGCGGCACAGCUGUAUCAGAAUCAGCCGUAUCCGAUCGACCAUUGUCUGAGUCAGAGAGUGAAGGAACGUUGUCGACUCAUGUACAGUUGGCAAAUCUGCAUAGUGGCUAUCGCGUGCAAUGUUAUCGAGACUUUUUGCAUACUCUUUACUGUAUGGCAAAAGAGGACGGGGCUCCUGCUUACCGUCGGCGACGCCAUUGCUUCGUUUCUCAACAAGCCGGAUUCCACAACGCUGUGCUGCUCUUGGAUGGACCAGAGGGCAAUGAAACGUUUUAUAUCCCGCUCUAAAUCAAGGCCCAAACGCACGCUGCUGAUGGCAGUAUUCCAAAAGCUUUGGUCAGGCUCUGCCGUUAAGGAGACUGACUGUCAGCCAUCUGACGUCGUACGCUUCGGGUUUUUGCCGCCUCGCAAAUGGUGGUUCCAGACAACAAGACGACGAGAAUGGGCUUUAUUUUUGUUCUUCUUUGCUCUCUGUAUAUGGGCUGCCUUUAUCUGUUUCCAGACUAGUAGAGAUGGAGUUUUCGAUUACAUCCAAAAGGACGAUAUCCAUACACUAUGGAGCUUGGGAUUUGGAACAACGCAACCCGAAACCCUCAUCCGAUACCUGAAUACGUACAACUUUCUCACGAUGAUACUCCUGUCAAACAGCCCACAGCUUAUUCUAUCCCUACUCUACUACUUCAGCAACAGACUACUCACUCGUAUGCUCUGUGCAGCAGAAUACUGCAGUUACUCGAUCCACCGGAAACCACUACGCGUCUCCCGACCAGAGGGAGUGCAAAGGUCAACAUAUUUCCUCAGUCUGCCAUACAGAUAUAGUAUCCCGGUUAUGAUUGUAUCAGCUGUCUUGCACUGGUUGCUGUCGCGAAGUAUUUUCUACGUGCGCAUACUCCAGUACGAUCAAUCCGGGGUCCUCGACAAGACGAAAACGAUUUCCACGUGCGGUCUCUCACUUAUGCCGAUGAUUUUCACCAUCUCCUUAGCGGGGCUUGCGCUGGCGAUAUUAUUGGGACUUGGACUGAGGAGAUUUCCGACGCGCGUGCCACUGGCUGGAAACUGUAGCCUUGCAAUUAGCGCUGCUUGUCAUCCGCCCCCUGAGGACCAAAAUCCAGCUUUGAAGCCUGUCAUGUGGGGCGAGGUUCAACUUGGGGAUCCUUCUGGCGAAGACGAGAUAUGGCAGAGGACUGAGUUGGAUGAUCAAAGUUUGACCGAUGAAACCUCCAAUCCUUUGUUGAAUCGAAAUGAAGAUGCGGUUGAUCACCAGAUGGAAAAUAUCGAUGACUGGGAGACAGCUAGACAGCCGUACUGCAAGAGAAGCUCUGCGAUUGCUCACUGCAGUUUCACUUCGAUGGAAGUCAAGAAACCGGAUCCGUCUAAGCGGUACGCAUAGCGAUGGUGCCAGGGUUGUGUUGUUAUUUCAUGUUCAUCAAACCGAUAAACUUGGUUGCUCAAAUUGGCUCUGAAUGGUCGAAUUGACGGGGCAGUG